CAGGUAGGACACCUAGCGAAGGAACAGUUGACUAGGGAAGAGAAACUCGCAAAAAAGCCGAGUUGCGAACAACACACGAGAUCGACAGUGUGGGAUUUCCUACAGUGGCGUCUACAAGUAACCAGGAUGCGCGUCUUCCCGAUACUGGAGCAAUCCUUUGCCUCUCUGCUUCGGCCAUGGCUUCAGAGUACUCCAGCAGCGCCGCCACGACGAAUCAAAAGCAGAAGAAGGAGAAGCAGAAAGACAAGACUUUCCCCGACUAUUUCAGGCCUGAUGUUACCUACUGGCAACAGAACCCCGAUGCUGUGUUGAACAUAAUUGGCUUCAAAAAUUUAGCCUACAUCCCGAAAGAGCACGACUACUCGGUCACCAGAUACUGCGGGGAGAGCAGCCAAUAUUACCAGACCCACUGGCACAACAGCGGCUACCCGAUGACUGCCAUGUUGCCCAGUGUGUGCACCCUUCACCUAGCGCCUCCAGAGGGGACAUGCGCUUACAGGAUUCUGUUCGAGGACCUCGACUUCACGCCCAACUUCCAGAUGGAAGACUACGUGUGCCCGUUUGGCGCCCCGGCCUUCAAGAUGGCUCAUUCCCAGGGCGUCUCGUCAUCGUUUUGCACACCCCUUACCCAUUAUGAAGCCAUCAUAGAAGUGGACGAGGCAUACAGCGGCCAUUACGUUCUGAUGCUGACGGACGUGACCACUCCUUUCAAGUUUGAAAUUAAAGCCACAGCGGUUCCAUGCACUGCCAUCAACCAUCAUAAAUCUCCAAACGUCUGUGGAAUCAAGAAUCCCGGUACAUUCAGCCGAGCGGCCAGGAGGUCCUCCGCUUCAGCAUCACGACCCAGAGGCAGAGCGGCUGCUUCGGGAGGAGCCAGCAACGAAACGCUGCACAUCACUAAGAAGUCACUGCUCAAGAUGCUCAGGAAAGAGCACGACAUAUACUCAAAGAGUUUGGUACAGGGUCUCCAGGAGAAGAAGAUUCGUGUGGACAAAGAGGAAGUUGCACCAUAUGGUGUAAAAGCUGCUGCUAGCGAGUGGCCAUGGAUGGCUAUGGUUGAAAUGACCACUGAGGCAUAUACACCACCAACCACCACUGAAUCUGCUUCGUCUACAGGCCACGAGACAACAACAUCAAGCGGCCAUGGAACCAGCAGCGCGAGCACACCCUCACACAGCUACGGUUUCAGACUUGGAAGAAGAGUUUUACAUCGCCUUGUAUCAAGACCAAAGAACAGGAGGAUUGAUAGGCCUCAAUCUAGAACUUCCUUAUGGAGGCAAGGCCAAAUGCAAAGUAGAAGGACGCCAAGCAGAAGUGAGACAGCUGGUACUCAUGGAUCAACUAGUGUUCAUGAAUCUUCGACCACUGCUCACAGCUUAACCACUGAUCAUAGCUCAAGUACUGACCACAGUGCAACCACUGAUCAUAGCGCAAUCACUGACAACAGUGGAACAACUGACCACAUUGCAACAACUGGACAUGGCGUAACCACUGAUCACAGCUCCAGUACGGACCAUAGCGUGACCACUGAUCACAGCUCCAGUACUGACCAUAGCGUGACCACUGAUCACAGCUCCAGUACUGACCAUAGUGUAACCACCGAUCACAGCUCCGCCAGUGGAACCACAGACCACGCCACAACAGCAACAGCUCACUCAAGCCAUCCCAUUUGUAAUGGGGUCCUCGUAGAUGAAAGCCACGUGAUAACCCCAGCUUCAUGUAUCCUACAUUAUACACCUGAGUACCACAGUCAUUUUAAGGUGACGUUUGGCGGCAGUAGUAGUAGUAGUAGUAGUAGUCACGCUAGGCAGACAGCCACUCCCAUGUCAGUGCUCGUUGCCAAGGUCUACCUUCCAGUCACCUACACUCCCACUAAUUUCAAGGACGACAUGGCUGUUCUGGAGCUCGCAGAACCAAUCGAGUUCUCAUCAGAAAUGAGACCCCUUUGUCUGCCUACAGACCACAACGUCUUCAGGGAAGAGACCGGGAUCGUCAUGGGGAGGAAAGGAAGCAAAUUCGUGAAUGACGACGGAAGCAUCAUCUAUGCUCCAGUGGAAGUGUACGAAGGGGGCACUUGCAGCUCGAUGAUAUACCAAUUAGCUCAACUCAUCAACACUGUCUACCCAACCAAGGAUGCUUAUCAGAUCAACCUCGACCGCUAUAUAUGCGCAGGCACCGAGGCUUUUGAUCCCUUCUGUGCUCUGGACGACGGAUCAGUACUUGCCAGAAAAGACCAAACAGGAGCAUACAUCCUGUCGGGUAUAUCACUGCCCAUCAACAGUUGUCAAAUUUACCCCCACAACAUCUACACCAAGAUCGAACCGAACUCUCCCUUCCUGAACAUGGCCAUGAGUUCCGAAGGCGAGAUGGAAAUCAUCCACGAACUCGAGAAGGAGCUGGCCGAAGCUGAGGAGGCGGCGGCGAAGGCGGCCGCGGCAGCAGCCGGUGGGGAACACGGCAAAAAGUAAUACGAGUAAAAAGGCUAAAGACGUUUCGUGGGUGCGUUCUUUGUAUCUCUUCACCGGUGAUGAACAAUCUUGUUUUUUGCCAUCGUUUAGCAUCUCGCACCGAAACCACCUCAGUGCUGUUGUGACAGGUUAUUAUUUCAAGUAGUUUUUCCAGCCAUUAUGAAAAUAAUAAUGAGCUCUCGCUACAUCAGAGUUGUGACACGAUGAUUUAAAAAAUGCGUGAAAUGUUUCUGUGUCACCACAAACGAUGUGUUGACUUGGUGUUUUGAAAAAUAAUUCUCUCCAUUUUAGUCGAGUCCACGAUGCAAUCUUGGAUAGGCCAGUAAACUAACAAUAUGCAGGGUAUUAUCUAGAUUAGUAACGCUGUGGUAAGCAAUAACUAUUUCUUGUACCAAGAGGAAAAUAUUUUUAUUUUCCAGUAAUUCUUCACGCCAAUUUUAGAUGUGCCUCUGAUAAAAAUGAAAUUUGUGCUCCUAAGAGAUGGUUUCUUGUUAAAAACGUUAAAAAAAUUCAAUAAGCAUAUAAUAUGUGCCUUUGUGCACGUCUUGUGAAUACUUCAGAAUGUUAGUUUGUGUUGUUCCUUAUUAAGCAUAGUGCUUGUAAUGGUAUCCAUCUUGUUAAUAGUAUUAAGUUUAUUUAUUUCUUUAUUGUUACUAUUAUGUUGUCUGUUAUUACCUAUGCAAUCUACAACUGCCUUUAUUUUAUAUGUCUGAUUAAAAUAAAGACAUUGAAAGUAAAA